GUCCCGCCCACUCGCCACCCGUGGCAGUGCAGUUUGCCGUCCCUCCUGCCUGCGCUCACAUUCAGGGGGAGCUGGUGGUGGCUGAUGCUGGUGCAGGUUGCAUGGGUUCUGAAAUGUCCUUCCUCCCUGACUUUGGGAUCUUUACCAUGGGCAUGUGGUCUGUUGGUCUUGGAGCCAUUGGUGCAGCUGUGACAGGGAUUAUCCUUGCCAACACUGACUUAUUUUUGUCCAAGCCUGAAAAGGCUAUGUUGGAGUUUUUAGAGGAGAUAGAGCUAAAAACUUCGGGAUCAGAACAAAGAACAUUCAAAGCAGGUGAACUAUGGAAGAAGAAUGGUGCAGUGAUCAUGGCUGUGCGAAGACCUGGAUGAUUUUUGUGCAGAGAGGAGGCUUCUGAGCUCUCCUCUCUGAAACCCCAGCUAUCCAAGCUGGGUGUCCCUCUCUAUGCUGUUGUAAAAGAGAAGAUAGGGACUGAAGUGGAGGAUUUUCAACAUUAUUUUAAAGGAGAAAUCUUUCUGGAUGAAAAGAAAGGCUUCUAUGGUCCACGCAGACGAAAAAUGAUGAUGUCAGGCUUCUUCCGCUUUGGAGUCUGGCAAAAUUUCUUCCGUGCUUGGAAAAGUGGAUAUAGUGGUAACCUGGAAGGGGAAGGAUUCACCCUGGGAGGAGUAUAUGUGAUUGGGGCAGGAAGACAGGGCAUUCUACUGGAGCAUCGUGAGAAGGAAUUUGGAGACAAAGUCAGCCUUCCAUCUGUCCUUGAAGCUGCUGAGAAGAUAAAACCACAAGCUUCUUAAGUGGAAAAAUAGUUGCACAUGUUUCUGAUGACAGCUUGAAAUAUAGAAUGCAUCUGAUUUUUGAACAUGCAGUUUAAUUGCUUCUUAACUAUUUAGUGAUCAAUGCAGAAGAAAGAUUCUCUACUCAGAUGUAGAAAAUUAUGAAAAUCCUCUUGGAACUUUUUUUGUUGCUUUGCAGCCUUUCAGGUGGUCAGGAUUUCAACUGCUCUUUUGUGUCUGAUUGUAUUAAUGAAAGGCUGGGUCUAAAAUCUGACCUAACCUAGAUGUUUUCAGUCAGAGACAGUCAGUUGAAAACCUGUCUACCUAGGGGAGCAAAGCUCUGCUAAGGCUGGAGUAAUGGAAUAUCAGCUGAGGUGGAAGGAUAAUAAAACUUUAUAUGAAUUAAA